AGCGGUGAAUUGUCGGUGUGUGGAGAUCAAUGGCCAAUUUUUCUGUUCACCCACCAUACAUAUGACACAGAAGACCCGUGGUGUGGGCUUCUUAGGAGCCGCUUGCUGGUAUGCGCCUACAAACACAUCUUCACAUCCCCAAGUUCAGUCGACAAAGAACCAAAAGCUACGCGGUCCAGAAAUGCUCGCCUCCAUGGGAUGAAUUCCAUCACCAUCGCUUCCAUUGCCUAUGUUGCAACUCAGGUUCGAUUCGCUAUAAGCUCCUCUUCGGUGUUCUCGCGGACCGACACUACUACGGACUCGGAGACCUUUUAUCAUAGCCUUCUUGAUCUUUUUGAGGAUCCUGAUGAAUCGAAGGAGGUUGAGGAGCUACUGACAUGGUGGAAUCAUCAAGUUUUUCCUACUUCCUCUGCUGCCAAGCGAUCAGUCAGCACCAACAGCGCCUUAUCAAAAAUCUGA